CAAUAUUGUCACGUUGAGAAGAAGUGGAUGCGUGGUCAUGCACGGCGUUGAUGCUACACACAUGGCCAACCAUCCAUUUUUGCAGUGGAAAACAUUUGAUCGAAUUGUUUUCAAUUUCCCGUUCGAUCGUGUUCGCAAGAAGAAAUCUCGCUCUUUAAAGAUACGAAGGAACCAAGCUCUUGUGAGUGCAUUUCUUGAAAACGCCAAGAAGAUGCUUGAUGAGGAUGGUGAAAUCCAUAUCAGACACAAGACUAAUGGGUUAGAGAGAGAAUGGGGCAUAAUUGAUUUAGCAGAGGAGCAGGGAGUUGAGUUGGCCAGAGCUGUGUCUUUUAGGCUUGAUGAUUAUCCUGGUUACAACACCAAGUUUGGCAAUGGAGGUGAUCGUAAUUUCAACUGCUAUCCUAGCAAAACAUUCAUAUUCCGCCGCCGUCCGGUUUCCCAUUUAGAGGCCGGAUCAUUAGAUUGUGCUGGCUAGAUCUUGCAAGUGUAUGUAUAUAUAUGAUGUAACAUCUAAUGAAUGGAAUUGAAUUCUGCUCUGAAUAGAU